AUGAAAAUGAAGGAAUUAUUGGUGGUAGCUACGUUAUUGAUGAUUGGGGUGGCUGGAGAGGCUCCAGCGCCCUACCCUGCAAGUGGAUGGCGACCACAGGGACCAGCUUUCGAGCUACCAUCAAGAAUGCCUCCAUUGAAGCAAGAAUACCUGCCUGUUGAGCCAAGAAUUCCCCAAAAUCCUAAUUUCGACGCUGAUGUUGAUGUAUCAGUACAAGGUUUGCCGACGGUCGAACAACAACCAAUUUUCCAGGUGUCACCUAUCAAUGGACAACAAAUAACUGGACCCGCAGUUAAUUCGGAUGUCGCUAAACUGAAUCCAAGCCUGCAACAAGCGCAAUAUCAAUUGCAAUUAGAAAAAGCGAUACAGUUCGCAAGGCAGCGUGAAUUCGAUGCUGCUAGGAGUCCAUCAAGUGGAUUACCACAACAGCAGUCACCAAGGCAAUUUGCUGCCCAACCAUCAACCACCGCAAAACCCGAAUUAAAAUCACAACCAGAAACGACAACUGAAUCAUUGAAUGAGGGCGAAGUUUUGGAUGAUAAAGACAAUGAAAAGAAAGAGAAGGUCUCUGUAGAAGUUACCAAACAAAAUUUACAAGAGUACCCAGCUGAGUUGUUCCUAAGUCCGUUAACACAACUAAAUUUGCAACAGCAAUUUGUUCCACUAUCCCAGUUAGGGCAACUUAGGGCACCGCUAUAUUAUCCUCAGGCUACAGAACAGAACCAAGGUUUCGAUGGACCAGCUCAUCUAGCUGCGUUGCCUUCUGUUUUAGCGCAGAGAGAGUUAUUAUCGCAACAAGUAUUAGCGCCUGCUCAAACUUUCGCUCAAAACCCUAUAAUAGUUCAGGAACAACCUUUGGUUCCAGAGCCUUUAAAUCAAUAUGCACCCAUAAACCAAUACCAACCUCUAAAUCAGUAUCAACCCCAGCAACCAGAAGUACAAGCCUUCCCCCAGUUUAACAUACCUCCUCAACAAAUAAUUUUACAAAGUCAAGGCAAUCAAAUUCAACCGAGUCAAUUCCAACCUGAGCAACCAAAUCAAUUCCAACUUCAGCAACCAAAUCAGUUCCAACCACAGCAACCAAAUCAAUUCCAACCACAGCAAUCAAGUCAAUUCCAACCUCUGCAACCAAGUGCGUUCCAACCUCAACAACCAGGCCAGUUCCAGUUUCAGCAACCAAAUCAGUCACCUCCACAAAAACCUAAAGACGUAGAGGAAAUAGAGCAAAACGAUCAGCAGGUUGUCUUACAGAGCUAUCAACCACAAUUCUACCAGCCACAGUAUCAGCCAAACCAAUUCCAACAGCCCUUAUUUGUAUCUCAACCAGCCUUUAGUUAUCAAAACCAACAAUAUGACCCACAAUCAGUGCAACAGUUCGACCCUAAUAAUUAUCAAGCGCAAGUUCAAGGUCAAGGGUUACAAAGUGGUCUAGAUUUGAACCAGCAAGGGAACGGAAUUGAACAGAACGAAGAAAAAGAAUUUGAUGACAGAGAAGAGGUUGAUGAAGGCAAUACAGCGACAGCCGUGGCUACCGCUUUUGGCACAAGGACCCAACCUCGAGUAUUUGCUUCGUAUGGCGCUCCAAUACCUAAAGUGCAAGCAACUCAAUCAUAUCCCACUACAACGGAAUCCGUGGCUCAGGAAGAAUCAAUGUCAGAAGACGGCCCAGCCAUAGCGGAGGCUACCGCUGUAGCUACCGGCAGGAAAAGUGCUAAACAAAGAAGUCGCAGAGUAAGGCCCGUUUUCACGUUGGAUCGUUCUGGGCAUUUAGUUUUGGCUCAACAAUAA